AUAUCCUUAGCUAUUAUAGAAGCCCUGUAAGGCAAAAUCCAGGCAAUGAAGGAUUCUCCUGCUCCUCGCUCCUUCAUACAGCUACGUCGAUUCCUUGGUCUGGUCACCUAUUAGCGACACCUAAGUCCUAACUGCGCGAGCAUUGUACAGCCAAUGGCCGACUUGCUUCGCUGUAACAAACCCUCUUUUCACUCUCCAGAAGAUGUCAAAGUGGCUUUCGAGAAGCUGAAAGACCCUGUCUCCAACAUAACGCUUUUUGCCGAUCCAGAUCCAGCUACACAAAUUUCUCUUACGACUGAUACAUCAGACACCGCCGUCGAUGAAGUUAUUCAACAGCUCACCCACCAUAGCUGGAUACCACGAUUUCUUUUCCUUAACGUCUACAAUCCGCGGAAUCGUGUUACAGCACAUUUGGUACGGAACUACUAACAAGCUAGCUAGGUAUCCGACACUUCCCCCACUGCCUCGAAGCUCGAUAUUUUACUGUCUUCAUUGGCCACAGGCGAGUGAUCUACGCAAUCAACGGCGCG